AGAGGUCAAGAUGCAGCUUCUGUUUGCUGUGGUGGUCAUCCUUGUAUGGCCAGUGGAUUGUCAGGUCGUUGUGAACUUUGUUGACUCGUCCUAUGAAGUCGCGGAAGGUGAUCGCUUUAAUGUCAGGAUAUCAAAAACAGGAAUUUAUGACAAAGCUUUCGUUGUUAUAGUUGAGAUUGAAAAUGAUGUCAAUGAUGAUUUUGUUGGAGACACACAAGUAGCGAGGUAUGAAGCAAGAAGCGCUGACUCAGAAAUGAACGUCACAUUUGCUGUUUUCGAUGACAACAUACCGGAAGACAAUGAGCUUUUUUACCUACAUCUGUAUACACUGGAUAAUAAUAUUCUGGUGGGAAAUAAUAGACGGAUACUUGUUACAGUCAAAGCUAACGAUGAUGCUUAUGGAGUUUUUAGCAUCAGCGAAGUAUCUCCAUUGGUAGCUACUGAGUACACUUAUACAUCUGUAGCACAAAUAAAAGUAAAAAGAGAAGUGUCAUUUUUUGGACAGAUUACAGUCGCCUACAUGGUCAACUCAUCUUCACCAGAUGCAGUUGUUGAUGGAGAUGUAAGGCCAGCUUCUGGCUCACUGGUUUUUCAACCUGGGCAAAAAGAGGGAACGAUACAAAUUCAAAUUAUAGCAGAUGAUAUUCCUGAAGACCAGGAAAGUUUUUUUGUUACCUUGUCUUCUGCGAGUAAUGGUGCAAGAAUUUUGCCAAAAACAUUAGAGCUUGUAAUAUUAGCAAACGAUUCACCUGUUCGCUUCUCUGCUGCUGAAUAUCGUUUUGAUGAGGGACCAGGAACGAGAACAGUGAGUGUAGCAGUAACUCGGGGCCUCAUGGAAGAUGGUAGAUCUUUAGGCCCUGUUACUGGAACUAUAUAUGCUGACUUUAAUUUUGUCAGUAAGUCAGCUCUUCAAGGCUCUGAUUUUAUCGGGAAGGAUGGGACUGUUGGAUUUGGCCCAGGGGAAAUCAGAAAAUUUAUUUCCUUUGAUAUUAUUGAUGACACUGUUCCUGAACUGGAGGAAAAUUUUGACAUCCGUCUGUUAAAUCUAAGGGGAGAUGCAGUGUUUAUUUCUCCAAGUGUGGCUACAAUAAUUAUCAAUGCCAAUGAUAACCCAAGUGGUAUUCUUAGCUUCAAACCUGAUACACAAGGCAAUGCACCAUUUAUAAGAGUGAAUGAAGAUACUUUUACCACUGUAGAAUUCCAAGUUCUCAGAUCUGAUGGAACUUUUGGAAAUGUAACUGUGCGGUGGUCAAUACUAAGGCUAGGUGGAUCUUCAGCUCCUGUAACUGAUGACAUUGGACCAGCAGAGGGUUUGCUGGUAUUUGCAAAUGGCCAAAACGAGGCUAAAAUAUCUCUGACAGUUGUUCAAGAUAAUAACCCAGAGCCAUCAGAAAUGUUUUCAGUGAAUUUGACAUCAAAUUCAGUCACCGGCCAAGCAAAAGUUGAGGGGAUAACAAGUGUUCAACUGCUAAUAGAAGACAGUGAUAAUAUGUAUGGGACUGUUGAGUUUGGACCUGGUACAGAGAAUAAGCUCAUUACAAACCAAUCACCGAGACAACUGCAGCUAUCUAUAACAAGAUCUGGAGGACGAGAUUUGAAUUUAAUUGCUAAUAUAACAGUAACUUAUAUUGACAACACUAAUACAGAAUCUGAUGCUGUGUUUGUCAACCCUUUGCAAAGUGUUAUCUUGCCAGCUAGUGAAGAUCCUGUAAUAGCUAAAUUUGAACUCAGAUCCUCCACUUUUCUUGUUAUUGGUGGGGUUUUUAAAGCCUUAAUUGCUAAUAUUGACUUUCAGACACCUCCUAUGUAUGCUGCAUACAAUAGCCCAAAGCUAGGAGCUCGUCAGUCUGUAUCCAUCUCAGUCUCUUCUUCUGAAGCUAAUGGAGAAACAGGAUUCUUCAAUGUUAGCAAUCAGGUUGUAGAUGAACCUAGUACAGGAGUUUCACAGGUCAACCUGCUAGUCAGCCGUGAAGGUAUGAGUGGACGCGCUGUUAUAAAAUGGUCGUUGUCUGGGAAAGAUGUCACAGCUGAUGAUGUUACAGCACUUCAAGGAAAUUUAACACUCGAGUCUGGUAUGUCAGAAACAUUCCUGACAAUUGGCAUAAAGGCAGAUGACAUCCCUGAAGUAGAUGAAUAUAUGCUAGUGACACUUGACAGUAUAGAGCCUAGUGAUACACAGAGGCUUAGACCAGGCUUAACUAGUGUAACCAUCACUAUUAAUGCCAACGAUAACCCUGGAGGAGCUCUUCAGUUUUCUUCCAAGAUGAACUCAAACUACACUAUAGCGGAAGGUGGUGAUGCAGUUGAUGUAAUUAUUGAACGUAUUGGUGGUAGUUUAAUUGAGAGUUCGGUACAGUAUUCUAUUGAACCUAAUGGAGCUGAUGAGUUUUAUGGAGCAACUAAUAUUCUGGUGUUUCCCCCUGGAGUAAAUGAAGCAAGUGCACGCAUUUUAGCAAAAAAAGAUGGAAUACCAGAGUUAGCUGAGGAUUUUAGGCUUGUACUGACUUCUGUAAAACAGUCUGUUAUUGGCUCAAGAAAUGUGAUUUACCUCACAAUACCAGCUAAUGACAACCCCUAUGGAGUCAUUCAGUUCUUCACUGAUCCAACACUCAUAUACACAGGUGAGGGUCAGACAGGGGAGCAAAUAAAUGUAACAUUACCUGUGCAGCGAGAUUAUGGCACAUUUGGCUCAGUCAAUGUGUCUUGGAGAAUUACACCCAGUCCCCAGAAUGACCUGAUUCCCUCAUCUGGUCUCAUUAUAUUUGAACCAGGACAGUCUGUUCAGUAUAUAAAACUCAGUGUGGUCAAUGAUGAUAUUCCAGAACCAGAUGAGACUUAUGCGGUCCAGUUGUCAGCCCCACAGAAUGGUGCUAUAGCUGGGAUACCAAUGGUGGCUACAAUUAUCAUCAGAGAAAAUGACAAUCCUGUUGAAUUCACUCAAAUGGUGGUGUACGCUAUUGAGCCACAAAACAUAACUUUGACUGUGACCAGACAAGGAAAAAUUGAUGCAGAGUCCCGAGUUCAUUAUCGCACUUUAGAUGGCUCGGCAUCAUUUCUAGAGGGGGAUUACACCCAGAUUCCAACAACUCUGCUCCUGUUUUCUGCAGGGCAAAGAGAGAGAUCUUUACAAGUCUCUGUACUAGAUGAUAACAUUCCUGAGGGAAAUGAGACAUUUUCUGUCCAACUCUUUGAUGUUGCUGGUGAUUUGAUAGUUACCAGUAACUCAACAGCAACAAUUGUUAUACUUGCCAAUGAUGAUGCCUAUGGUGUAUUUAACUUUUCCCAACCUGCUGAUGCUAAAGUUGAAGAGGGAAGCACAGUUUACUAUGACAUCCUUAGAAGUAGAGGAAGUUUUGGAUCAGUCAGAGUGUACUGGGAGCUGAGGAGCUCCUCUAAUGUCCUGUUAGCACCCGGUGAUGAGUUCGCAGUUACCAGUGGUUAUGUUGACUUCUCGUCACAAGAAAGCCAAAAACCUCUAGCAGUAACCCCGUUAGCUGAUGGUAUACCAGAACCUGAUGAACAGUUUUUCUUGACACUCACUAGACUUGAUGUACUUAUUGGAAUCACCAAUGGGAAUUUGGCCUCACUGGCUAAAACAGGAACUGUAGCUACUGUUAGAGUCCCAACCAGUGAUGACCCGUAUGGAAGAAUGGCUUUUCUAACACGAGAUUUGGAAGUAGCUGAGGAUUUUUACCCAGGUAACGAGGCAAGCACCAGAGCUAAUUUUGUUGUAGAAAGACGCCAAGGAACUCAAAACAAAAUUCAGGUUCUGUGGGAGAUCGUCUCAGACAAACUAGGUGGAUCAUUACCUCAAGUAUAUGAUCUUCUCUUUACUGGUCAGUGGCCUAGUACUGUGGCAUCCAUACCAUCUAAACAGAGACCAGGGACAGCAACUCCUGUAGCUCUAUUCUCUGGAGUAUCAAGUAAAUACUGCAUAUCAGAGAAUAUUUUUUAUUCAAGACUCACAUUUUUUCCAGCUAGUUUUGUUACUGUGACCUCUGACUUUGAGCCAGCCCUAUCAGAUCUUUCUAGUGGGUUCUCCUUGUCUGCCUGGGUGCAGCCUCUGACUGGUGGCUACAUUGUAGCACGCUGCACCAGUGAUGGAAACACUCACUUCUACAGUCUCAAGCUGACCACUACAUCAGCAACAACAUCCCUCCAGCUAAGGUUAUCUACCAAACAACAGUCAAAUCAGUUAUUUACUGUUGAUGUAAACAUGGGAAUAGUGGACGGGAAAUGGCAUCACAUAUUUGUGUCUGUAUGGAACACACUUAACUUUUAUUUGGAUGGAAAACUAGUCGGAUCAUCGUCAGUAUCAAAUUUUGCAAUGCUGGAAGGCUCCGGAUCACUUCUAGUUGGGGCUCGUACGCCAGGUUUAGAGCUAUUCUCUGGUUACAUGCAAGAUGUCAGAAUUUUCAUGAGAGCAUUAGAAAAUCGUUCUGUGGCUGAAUUGUUCACCAUGCCGAGCAUCCAAGACGUCACUCCAAUUUCUGGAAUAUUAACAUAUGAUGUUGGAGUUAAAACACAGAACUUCACAGUGUCGUCAAUACAAGACACUGAAGAGGAAAGCCGGGAGAUUUUUAUUGUCAUCCUAUUAGAUACAGUAGGGGGUGCAACUCUUGCUUCAACUGAUUCACGUACAACACUUGCAGUUAUGAAAAGUGACAAUGCAAACGGAUUGUUUGGCUUCUCUGGAGAUUGCAAUCCAUCCAGAGUUCUCUAUGAAAAUGGCACCAUCACUUGCACAUUGCUCCGUACUCGUGGGGACGCUGGCACUGUUACUGUGUCAUGGGUUGUCAACCAGAAACAGAACCAAGUCACACUGCAAGCUACCACUGACUUCGACAACAGCAAUGGAACAGUUGUCUUUUUACCAGGGGAGAGAAACAAGACUUUUGACAUCCGUGUAACUGACGACACUGUACCAGAACUGGAUGAAUUGUUUGAAGUUGUCCUGACAUCAGUUGUGUCAGAUGAUGGUCUUGUUGGAUCCACCAACACUAGUGGGGCUAGCAUAGAUCCCACCAAACAAACUGCGCAACUCUCCAUUGCUGAGAAUGAUUACCCCUAUGGUUAUCUACAGUUUUCAAACAGACUAGGUGUUCCUCCUGCACCUUUUAUACUAAUACCACCUAACACUGCACCAAUAGAAGUGAGUGUGCCUGAAGAGGGAGGACUAGUCCCACUGGUGGUGCUGCGUGCUCAAGGCAAUGUUGGAACCAUCAGAACUGAAUGGAGAACUAUAGACAUGACAGCUUUUAGUGAGGGGAAAUCUCCACCUGACUAUGUGGGUGGAGUUGGCAGUGUUGUGAUGAAUUCUGGACAGAACUAUGCAUGGAUCAACAUAACAGUGAUUGACAACUCACUGCCUGAAGCAGAGAAGAAGUUUGUGGUGGAGCUGCUGAACCCUAGUGGUGGAGCUGUCCUCAGCCAAGGCUCACAAAAAGUCACAGUGACAAUCCAAGCAUCAGAUGGGGCAUUUGGGGUCUUCCAGUUUGCUGAUACUUCACUCAAUGUGAAAGGAACAGAAGACGGAGAUGAUGGCUUUAAUAUUGUUUCAUUACAGGUUAAUAGACUUCUGGGUACAAUAGGAACAUCAAGAGUUGCCUGGGAAGUUGAUGAAGACAAAACUGAUGGGUUGGAUAUAAUCAAUCAAUCAGGAAAUCUGACAUUUCUGCCAGGUCAGACCUCUCAGUCGCUUGACCUUCAAGUACGAGGGGACACAAUCCCAGAGCUUGAUGAGAUAGUGCGUGUCAGGCUGGUCUUAGUUUAUGGGGGCUCACUAGGGGAUCCACUUCGAAUAAAUGCUACAGUUACAAUAGCUGCAAAUGACGAUCCAUAUGGCAGAUUUAUCAUCACUCCAGCCUUCAGACCUGUUAGAGUCAUGGAAAUCGACCAAGAUGUGAACAUUACAGUUCAGCGCCAGGCGGGAAAGUUUGGAACAGUUGAAGUGGACUUCGUGUCCCUGUCACCAACUGAAGUGUUCUCCUAUCUACCAGUGGGGGUGGCAAGAGCUGAUUUAAAUGAUUUUAAUGCAACAAGAGGAACAUUGAUCUUUGGAGCCAAUCAGGAGUUUGCACUGUUUAAGCUUCACAUUUUGGAUGACCAAAUUCCUGAAGAGGAUGAGAGCAUCUUUGUGAGACUGACCACAGUGAGGCUCACACAAGCAGCCCAGUUGAACCCAGUUCCAUCUUCUCCCCGCCUGGGCCAAAACACAGACACAUAUGGGCAAAUUAUAAUAAUAGCCAAUGAUGAUGCUAGUGGUCGUCUAGAGUUAUCCCCCUCUAAUAUAUCUGUAGCUGAGUCAGAUCCAACCCCUGGUGUUUUUCUGACAAGAACUGGUGGAUCCUUUGGUCAAGUAUCUGUUCCAUUCCGUGUUAUUGAUGGCACUGCUGUGGUUAACAUGGAUUAUGUUGUAUUAUCCAAUGUGAUUAUACUGGCAGCAGGGGAGACAAGAAAACGAGUUCCUGUUGAAAUUAUUGAUGACAGAGUACCAGAAAUGGCUGAAUAUUUUACUAUAGAACUAAUAGACCAAGUGAUGGGAGGAGCUGUGCUUGGAGCUAGGAGAACUUCUGUGAUAACUAUACAAGCAUCUGAUGAUCCUAAUGGAGUUUUUACCUUUGUAGCUCAAGGUCAGACUGUUGAUGAACUAGAAAAAGAUUACAGUGUAAACAUCACCAUAGCUAGAACAGGGGGAUCAAUGGAUGUGGUCACAGUCAACUGGGAGGCAACUCUAAAUGGUGUACCAGCAUCUGAUGACAUAUUUCCUGCCUCUGGCCAAGUAUAUUUUGUUACCAAUGAAGCAAGCAGAAAUAUUAAUAUCACAAUAUUGGCUGAUAACAUUCCAGAAGGAACAGAGAAUAUUUUAGUUCGUCUAACAAAUGCAACAAAUGGAGGAAGAAUAGGAGAUCAGAAUGUUUUCAUAUUGAGUAUAGCACCAAAUGACAGUCCUUAUGGAACUGUACAGCUAUCUUCUGCUGUUUUCUCAGUAGCAGAAGAUCCAGCAGAUGGGUCACAGACUGCUCAGGUUGUCAGAAGUGGAGGCGUCUACAGCAGUUUGAGAAUCUUCUACUCCACAAGUGCCAUGACACUGAUAGACUUGAUCAACAUAAGGGGUGAUAGUGUAAUGACAUUGUUCUUGGCUCCUGUCAGCAAGAUCCCAUUUCAGACAGGAACAUUUGUCAAUGUCACUCUCUUCAAUGAUACACUUAAGGCCUGUGCAUCUGCUUGUGUUCUUGAAACUUCUUGCUUGAGUUUUCAGUAUGGACAAACGCCAGAUAAAAUUAUUUGUAAUUGGUACGCCAAUAAGUUUAGUAGUGAGUCAUUUCAGCCCUCAUCAAACUCCAGUUAUUAUGAAAAAGAUGGAAAUAAAGUUUCUGAACUGUCGAUGUAUAUAGCUAAGGCUGGUGAUGAUUUUACUGUUGUCAGUAGAGCAUCUGUUAUAAUCGGAGAUGGACAAUCUUCUGUUUCCAUCUUGCUUCCAAUCAUAAAUGACAACAUCCCUGAACUCGACGAGCAGUUUUACCUGAGACUGCUAGGUGUUGAGCUUGUCAAUAGUUCUGGGGCUACUGAUGCCCCAUCACUGGGUCCACUACAGCAAGCCAGCAUCAUAAUCGCAACUAAUGACAAAGCUUUUGGGAUGUUCAGUAUUUACAGUGCAUCCAACACUACAGCCAGAGUUAUCCAAGUUUUGGAAUCUAACCAGCUUGCAGUGGAUUUGGUUGUUGAACGGCAGGGAGGAAGUAUAGGAUCUGUGUCUGUAGAGUGGAGUGUAAGUACAAUCAACAGAACUGCAACUUAUGGUCAAGAUUACAUUGCUGAUGGAGCUACACUUUUAUUUGGGGUGGCCCAGACUAGGCGAGUUAUCAGUAUAACAAUACUUGAUGAUAAUAUACCAGAGGACAAUGAAGAGAUGACAAUAGUUUUAAGUAAUCCUAAAGGGGGAGCAACCUUAGGUGACAUGAAUUCAGUUAGAGUUGUCAUACUUGCCAAUGAUUAUGUUGCGGGUGUAUUGACAUUUGAGAAGACUUCUGUUCUUACUAAAGAAGGAGAAAAAUUUCAAAUCAAAGUGAAGAGAUCACUCCCUGCCUCUGGUACAGUAUCAACUAACUGGAGUAUUGAGGAUAAAAAUGGUCAGGUAGCAUCACAGAGGUUUGCCCAGAGUAAUGGAACUUUGGUAUUUCUGCCAACGCAGACCGAGAGGGUAUUAAAUCUAAGUGUUCUUGUUGAUAACAUCCCUAAAGUAGAUGAAGAAUAUCAGUUAAAGCUUCAGAAUAUCAUCACACAAGGUGUGCCACCUUCUGGCUGGGCAGCCAUUGACCCUCAACUUGGGACAGUGUUGAUGACCAUAGCAGGCAGCAAUGAUCCUCAUGGUGUCUUUCAGCUGGCUGCCUCCUCCCUAGAAGUCAGAGUACAGGAGAGUGCUGGGACUGCCAAUAUAUUGGUGGACAGAAAGUUUGGGGCUAUAGGUGUUGUCCGUGUCUCAUAUGAAGCUGUUCAAGGUUCACUUAAACCAUACGGUACCCAGCGUAACCCAGCCAGUGUUGGUCAGGAUUUUAUUGGUGUCCAGCCAGGGUUCAUUGACAUUGGCAAUGGGGAAUCUUCAGGCACAAUUAGCGUUACAAUUAUUGAUGACAGCAUUCCAGAAAUUGAUGAGGUUUUUGUAGUAAGACUUCUAGGAGUGUCCUUAAUAUCUAGCACUAACACCACCCUUCCUCCAAGACUAGCCAUCAAUGGCACUGAAGCUGAAGUUAUUAUUGUAGCAAAUGAUGGGGCACAGGGAAUCAUGCAGUUUGCUACUGACUCUCAGAAUGUGGAUGUAACAGAACAAGGCCAGACCAUAUCUCUGACUGUGCUUAGAGGAAAUGGAACAUUUGGUCAAGUCUCUGUCUUUGUCUACAGUCAGGCUGUGACUCAGUCAACUGUGCUUGGACAAGACUACAACAUGACAGCUGGUGAGCUUGUGUUCCAAGAAGGCGAGUCUCGUAAAGUCAUAAAUGUGACAAUUUUAGAUGACAACGAACCAGAACCAGAUGAAACAUUUCAAGUUAUUUUGGCUAAUCCCAGCAAUGGAGCUCUUCUAGGUCAAGCUGUGAGAGCUUCAGUUAAAAUUUUAGCAAAUGAUAUACCUGGUGGUUAUGUUUCUUUUGAUACACCUGAUGCUGUGGGACUUAGAGAACCAACACCUGAUGAUUCAUCCUACUCUAAGGUUGAUGUCAUCAUUAGAAGAGGACCUGGGACCUAUGGAACAGUUACUGUACCAUAUACUAUUCUCACUCCAUCAGGAAAUUUAACUAAUGACAUUUUACGCCCUAGCGGAACAGUUACUUUCUCUGACAGACAGGACAAAGCAUUUUUAGUUUUAGAAGUUGUGGAUGAUGAUGAACCAGAGGAUGCAGAAGUGUUUACACUUUCCUUACAAGCGCCAUCUGGUGGAGCUAUCUUAGGGAACACAACUGUGAAGACAAUAAAUAUUGAUGCCAGUGAUUCUCCUGCAGGAUAUUUACAAAUCUACUUUACUAACAAUAGUGGUUCUGUCAUAUCAGUUGAUGAAGCCUUCGUUACUGUGGAGAUUGAUGUCAUUCGAAGUAAAGGUACCAAGGGGAAGGUAACUGUGGAUGUCAUGACAGUCCCAGGCACAGCAACGAGUUUCCUAAACAUGUCAAGAGUGGUGCUGGCUCCGAUGUGUGAAGUAAAUGCUGCCCUUGUGUCAGCUUGGCAUCAGGUGAACAUAGGUGAUGCUGUGUACCUGGUCUUGCUGACGUCACUAUCUCAGGAUACGCAGCUGAGUUCUAUGCUUUUACCUGGAUCAUCAGUUGGUAGCGGCCAGUCUGUCCUUUACAAAUGGCAGGGACAGGCUACAUACAUGUCUACUUUUGCAACAAAUGGAGCAACAGCUGCAACAUCCUUUACAAUCUCCAACAUCACCUACCUGGUCGUGGCAAACAGUGGGAGGGAAGGUGCUAGGCAGGUGCCCUCAACAGUUUACAGAAUUUCACAACAGGGCUUGAUGGAAGUUGUCCAAACUCUGACUACAAGUGGUGCCAGUAGUGUGAGAUAUUUCAUGCGAGAUUCUCGCCACUUCCUGUUUGUAACAAACUCUUUGGAUGACACAUCUAAAUCAGAUAUCAACAGCUAUGUCUUUGAAUGGGAUUCCAGCCUCCAGCUUUUUACCUCCACACCAAAACAGCUGAUCAGCACCUUGUUUGCACGCGCCAGUAUCACCUUCAACAUUAGUGGUCAGAUAUUUGUUGCAGUGGCCAAUUAUUAUGACAGGACUAUUGGAUCCUAUGAAAUAAACUCUGUGAUUUAUCGCCUGGAGUCAGACUUCUCAUUAGUUGAGCAUCAGCGGCUGGCAACACAGGGCGCCAUCAGCAUGACUUACACAGAGAUUGGAACCCUGCGCUUGCUGGUUGUGGCAAACAACAGGCAGAAUGCUAUUUCUACACCACAAAACUCUAUUGUUUACAGUUUUAGAUGGGAUCCAUUGGUACAAGCUUUUGUACUACAUCAGACUUUACCAACUUCUAGAGCCCUAAGGGUCACUUCUAUCAACACAAACAGUAGUUCAGUGUUUCUGAUUUUUGCCUGUGAAGUUGGAAAAUCUGAAAUCUUUGUUUGGGAUGUUCAAAGCAAUUCGUUCAAGUCUGCUUGGACAGGAAGUCCGUAUUUAUCACUCCAACCAAUCAUAAUAAGGCAACCGUCUGGUUACUUACUGAUGCUUGCAUCUGCAGAUGUCAAUAGACUAAACAAACCAGUGCUUUUCCAAGUUGCUCAGAUCGCAGACAACAGUGAUUUUGUAUCUAGGCAAGUAACAAUGACCUUUGAGGCUGGUCAAACAUCUUUGAGAACAUCAGUAGUCAUCUUGUCAGAUGAUUUACCAGAAGAUGAAGAAAGCUUUCAAGCUGUACUCACCUCUCCAACAGGUGGCGCUGAUAUAGGUUAUAACAGCAGUGUUAGGGUGGUGAUUCUUUCUAAUGAUGAUGCUUAUGGAAUCAUUGAGUUUUCACAGGAUUCAUUAGCAAUAUCUGCAGAAGAGCGCAAUGGUAUGGACACACCAGUAAAUCUGAAUGUUGUAAGGAAGAAAGGAUUUUCUGGCCACGUUUCAGUUCAAUGGCAAGCUACAGGGGACCAAAGUAGCAUUGGAGACAUUAGACCUUUAGCAGGAUUGGUUGAAUUUGCAAGUGGACAGUCCAUAGCAACCAUUACAUUAACAGUACUGGAUGAUAAGGAACCUGAAUUAGCAGAAGUGACCUACAUACGACUUACACAAAUAAUAGAUGCUGGAACAACUGACAUAACUAAGGGAGCUAAACUAGGUGACAGCACAGUUGCAGUCCUUACUGUCCUGGCUAAUGAUUCCCCUUUUGGUGUGGUGUCAUGGGAGAAGACUCUAGUCAGUGUCAGUGAACCAGAUAAAACAGAUCAGCCAAUUGAACUUGGAGUGGUGAGGGAGCAAGGCUUGGAGCAGGCUCUCAGGGUUUAUUAUGUAACAUCAGCGGCUGCUCAGCUACCAGUGUAUCAGCAAGCCACACCUGGUGAAGAUUUUGUUACAACUCAGGGUUUUGUGAGGAUGGCUGAGGGUGUGUCCAGAGCUGUGGUUGUUGUUGUGAUCAAACAGGAUGACAUCCCUGAGGCAGCUGAAAGCUUCCUGGUCAACCUGACAUCAGUUUCUCUAGAGAAUAACAACCAGGGUCAAGUUACUGGCCCCAGCAUUGCUAUUGGUAAAGGUGUAGUCCAGGUCACUAUUGCUGAGAAUGAUAAUGCACAAGGUAUCAUUGAAAUGGAUGUGAAGACAAAUGUAGAAGGUCGAAUGGAUGUUUAUGAGGAAUAUGGGAGGAAUGUAACCAUUGAGCUGCCCUUAAAACGCAGCAUUGGGUUCUUUGGCUCACUGACUGUAACUUGGCAAGCGGAACCUAUUGAGGCAGAUUUAAAAGAUUUUACACCUGCAAGCGGCACUGUCCAGUUUAAUGACCUACAAAGAAAUGCCAGUAUAUUUAUCACAAUUCUUGAUGACACUAUACCAGAAAACAUGGAGACUUUUGAUGUAAGAUUAAUUAGUGUUACUGGGGAUGCAGGCAUAGGGGCAUCACGACGUGUCAGGGUAGCCAUUUUGAAAAAUGAUUCCCCAACUGGCCUCUUUAGAUUUGCAGUGAAACAAGUUGAGACUCGUGAAGCUAAGAACACAACAGAUAAAGAUGGGCAAGCAACUCUGAUUGUACAGAGAAUACAAGGCAGCCAAGGCUAUGUCAAUGUCCAGUGGAGACUUAAUGCUGAAGCUGCAUCAGACUUCAUGCCUCCAUUAGAAAAUACAAUACUCUUUGCUCCGGGUGAAACAGAGAAACAAAUAAUUUUGCAAACAAAACCAGACUCAGUUCUAGAAGGAAGAGAGGAGUUUGUGGUUUCCUUAGUUGCUGCAGAUAACAAUGCUGACAUUUCUAACAGAGAUGGAGAUUGUAAGGUCAUUAUCCUCCCUGAUCCUGGAGCUAGUGGGUUUAUUGUGGUUCUGCCAGAAUAUCGUUCUUUGAUGGUAGGAGAGCCCGGGGAGUCUAGUCCCAGCUAUUCUGGAGGGGCGGAGAUUAAGUUAACCAGAGGACCUGGAAUUUUUGGGGAAGUUGUUGUAACCUGGUCCAUAACACCUAGGGAUUCCUCUGCAUUUUUACAAAUUGAAGGAAGUGUUACCUUCACUGACCUACAACAAGUAGCAUCUAUUGUGAUACAGACAAGAGAUGAUAGUGUUCCAGAAUUGCGUCAGAUGUUUACCCUUCAAAUAACAUCAGCAACAGGUGGAGCUGUUAUAUCCAGUGUUCCAGGGGAGUUCACUGCCAGCAUUUUAUUUGCAGCUAGUGAUUAUCCUCAUGGUCUCAUUCAGUUUGCUCUACCAGAAGUCACUGUGGUCACUGAAGACCAAGGAACUGUUUAUGUAACAGUUCAAAGAACAAAAGGUUUGAUAGGCCAGCUUCAGGUGGCAUACAGCACAUCAUCAGGCAGUGCGUUAUCUAAUGUGGACUUCUUACCCGCUGCGGGAGUACUCACAUUCCAGAAUGGGAUAGACACUCAAACCAUCAGCAUUAAUAUUAUACCUGAUGAUGUGCCAGAAGGGCCUGAAGAUUUCUAUGUCAACCUGACCUCUGUUCAGCUGCUUGGUGACAGCAACAACUACACUCUGGUGAAUGGCCUAAGUCCAGACAUGAGGCCAGGUCUUGGUACUUUGACCAGAAAAAUUGUAAGAAUAGAUAAAAAUGAUAACGCGGAAGGAAUUAUACAGUUUGACAAAGAUACAUACUCUGUAAAAGAAGAAAGUCAAAUGGCCACACUACUAGUAACAAGGACAAGAGGUGAUUAUGGAGAAGUUAGGUUCAAGUAUGAGACGCGCCCAGGUACAGCAGCAGAGAAUGUUGACUACAUGGCCUCCAGUGGAGAAAUCGUCUUAAGUAACGGUGUACGAAAUAUCACUAUAAAUAUCACCAUUAUUGACGAUGCUCUAAUGGAACCUAGCGAGACAUUCACAGUGCUGUUAACUAGUGUGUCCGGUGGAGCCAUGUUAGGCAUACCCAUCAUAUCAACAGUCACCAUCCUCAAGUCUGAUUACCCUAAUGGCAAAUUUAGUUUUGUGGGUCCUGCUAUGAUUAAUUUACCAAAUCCUGAAGUAACUGUCAGACAGUUGCUAACUGUUGAAAGAACAGGAGGGUUACAAGGUCAACAACAGGUGUUCUGGCGGAUAAUGGGACCAAAUAACCCCUUACAGCAACUGGUUGAGACAAGUGAUAUCAGUAGUCUAAUUAAUGGUCAAGAGGUCACUUUGUCUUCUUUAGUAUGGUCUGAUAGUGAAUCUGGUAAAAAAACAAUUACCUUGGACAUAAAGCCUUACACAUCAUGGGAAAUAGAGAAAUCAUUUGUUGUUGAAUUGUAUCGAGUCUCUGCUUCACCUGCUUCUGCGGGAGAUGGGGAAAUUGAUGACACUCAGGGGAAAAUCACUGUCAAGAUUGAAAGAUUUGGAGAUCCUAGUGGUGUCAUCAUAUUUUCUGGUGUUGCCACAACAGAGAGGCAAGUUCUAGAACCUGAGGGAAGCUCGCCAGAUCCCUUGGUGUUUCCAGUGUCCAGAAAAUCUGGCACUGGUGUCACAGGCAACAUUAAGAUAUACUGGGAAGUACGAGGAAUUAGUACAGGCAGCUUAGACGUGAGCCCAGUUGAAGGAUCUUUAAUCUUAGAAGAUGGAAAAAGAGAUGGAGAAAUAAUCCUGCAAAUAUUACCAGAUGAUAUACCAGAGCUGACGCAUGUUUUAACUCUAGUUUUACUUAGAGUUGAAGGAGGAGCUCAAAUUGACGCUCAGCUCAAUCAGUCAACAUUUAGGAUCAGGUAUAAUGAUGACCCACAUGGUGACUUUGGACUGGUGCCACAGUCUCAAAAUGUACAGGUGAAUGCAGCAGAUCUCAGUAGAUUUGUCAGCCUCAACUUCACUAGGUUUCAAGGAGCAUUUGGAUCUGUUUUAGUUACCUACACCAUUGUUUAUGAUCUUCCAAGCUCUGAUGUUGGGUUGAAUUUCAAUACUGGCACUGUCACAUUUAAUGAUGGUUCCCAUGAGGUCAUUACUCAAGUCAAUAUUGUGGGGAGAGGAUUUCUCCAGAUGAAUUCAGUUUUUAAAGUCACUAUUACAGAUGUUCAAUUUUUAGGCACUGGAAUGACGGAAGCACCUAAAAUUUUAAAAGAACUUUCAACAGCUCAAAUUCAGGUUCCUGCACUGGCUGCUAAUACUGAAAUCAGUUUCACCAGCAAUAUAGCCUUUGUUAAUGAAGCUGAUGCUACACUUACAGUGACUCUAUUCCGUGCUGGUACUUAUGGCACUAUUGUUGCUGACUGGGUGAGUGGCUACUCUGCUGCUGAUCUACCAUCCAAUGUGACCAAUGGGGAAACAAGCCCCACUAUGGGAAGUGUCACCAUGCUACAUGGCCAGGAACAAGCUAAUAUUACUGUGCAGGUGUUACCCAAGAUAACGAGAACAGAAGCCUUUGUUCUGAGACUUCCCAGAUCACCACAGACACUGGUUAGCGGUGGUGCCCGUUUGGCUAAAUCUAACAUCAUAGUAGUUGCAGAUCCAUCGGGUGUUGUCAGAUUCUCCGAAGACUCUCUCACAGCUCAGGUCUCUGAGCUAGAGGGACAGGUAACUUUAACACUGUGGCGCUACUAUGGAUCAGAGAGCCCCCUACUGGUGCACUAUCAGACAGUAGCAGACAGCGCCCAGGCUGGGCUUGACUUCCAGUCUGUCCAAGCUGGCUAUGUUGUCAUGGAAGCUCAGAAAACAGUGACAUCAUUCACCAUUCAGAUCUACCAAGACAAUAUACCUGAAGUGACAGAAUAUUUUUAUGUCAAUCUCACAAGUGUGGAAAAGUUCCCUACACCCCUUCAACCUGCACAAAGUCCAAGAUUAUCUCAACUUAAAUCUCUGGCUAAAGUAGCCAUACAAGAAAGCAAUGACCCAUAUGGUGUUUUGUGGCUGAGACCAAAUGUAGUCAACAUCAGUGAAUCCUUUAUAAAUGUAACAUUCUCUGUUGUUAGGACAGGGGGAUUGUUUGGAACAGUGAGUGUGACAGUUCGAACAGUUGGGGGUGGUGAAGCCUGGACCUCCCAGAUUUCUGCCAACCCCAGCAGCCUGACCAAUGAUACAAUAGCAGAUAUCAUAGGCAAGAGAAGCAGCCAAAAUAUAGCCACAGCAGGGCUAGACUAUGAUGUGCUCAACACUGCUAUUGUCUUUCAGGCGCAAGAGUCAGAGAAAAGUUUUAGAGUGACAAUUUUAGAGGACAACCUGCCAGAACCAAGUGAGAGUGUGCUGAUCUACUUAACUCAGCCGACAGGUGGCGCUAGAAUAGCUGCAGGAAGUUCUGAUGGUGGCCAAAGGGGCUAUGCUGUUAUCAAUAUUGCUGCAAGUGACAUGAGCAAUGGGCUGAUUGGAUUUGCUGAGUCAUCAAAAGAUGUACAUGCCAAUGAAGACACCACACCACAACUAGUGCUGAAACUUACUCGACUCAAUGCCUUUUAUGGUGCUGUAAAGGUGUAUUGGAAAGCUAAAAAAACUUUAAACAGCACAGAUCAGGAAGAUGCUGACCUAAUCAACCAGCUGGACAAUGUUUCAGGUUUCACGGCAUGUCCAGCCAACAGCAGUGACUGUGACCUCAUUGUCAACAUAAAAAAUGACACGAUACCAGAAGAGAGCUACACAUUUUAUACCAUACUGACUGGCACAGAGAAUGAUGCAAGACUGAAUGAGAACAGCCUGUUUGCUUUUGUUACCAUAGAUCCCAGUGAUGAUGUUAGAGGACUUAUACAGUUCUCAUUAAACUCCAGAGAAAUAAUAGUUGGAGAGAGUGCUCGUACAGCUCAGUUAUCUUUAGAGAAAGUAAAUGGCCAGAACUAUGAUGUAUCUGUGGCCUACAACACCCAGCAAAUGACUGAACGUCUCACUGUCUCAGGUGUCUAUGUCUACCCUGCACUUGACGCUCAAGACUUCCGUGGACAGACAGGAACUCUGGCAUUUCCUGCCAAAACCCAGACCAUACAGAAUGUAGACAUUAGCCUGACACCUGUACUAGCAUCAAAUAAUCCACUGCCCAAACAGUUCUAUGUUACCUUGUAUUCACCAACAAAUGGAGCCAGAGUUAACCCAAAAGCCAACAGGGCUAUUAUUAGAAUAGUGAAAGAUGCGGAUGUUCCUAUAUGGGCAGUGGUCAGCAGACCAGAAGAAAAUCCUUUCUCAGAUGAUGGCAUUGUAUUGUCUGUUAUUGGUCAGCUGGAUGGUUUGGUUCAAAAACCAUUGACCAAUGAGAAUAUACAACUGGUGGAAAAUAUUUUAAAUAAAGUUAACCAAGAGGGUUCUCAGAGAAAGUUACCAACUGAAGUGUUAACAGCAGUGAAAAAUUUGUAUUGCAAAUUAUUGGACUCAGCAAUAAAUGAUGCUAGAAAAGGACGGAGUACAUUAUCCCCGUUACUGGAAAACUUUUCUUACACCCUCAUCAAAGACAAGCCUUGUCCACCUGUCACAGCCAAUGAUGUUACAAGUAUUCAGUGUUCUGCUGUUACUAUAACAGCAGGAAGAUGGAACUCUCCAGUAUUGUUGGGAUACCAGUUUCAAAUCCAAGCAGGAGAUACAUUUACUCUAGCAAACCCAAUGCCUGAGUUAGAUACUGCAACAGAUGGGACUAAAGAUAAUUGUGUGGAUUUUCACCUGCUUGAUUUUAAUACACAGACAUGGUUCUAUACUACAGAUGGCAAGGAUAAUCUUAUGAAUGAAAGGGUGGUCAAUUUUGGACUAAGAGGCAGACUUUCAGGGAGUAUUCCAAGUCCUGUGAAAUUUAGAAUACACACACCUAAUAAUCGUAUAGCAGCAAAAGAUGCAAAGUGUGUUUAUUUUGAUGAAAGUUUGACCAAGUGGGUCAGUCCAUCAGGUGUGUGUCAGGUGACCAAUGACUUGAGUCAGGCUGAGGAUGACUUUGUUGACUGUGAGUGUUCCCACAUGACCAGCUAUGGAGUCAUAGCGACUAGUCGGGACAGCAGCAUUGUGGGAUAUCUCGUCUGGUUUUAUGUUAUUUGUUUCAUUUGUAUGGGCUCUAUAGUACUGACUGUGUGUAUACAUCAUCUGUGUUUCCGGCGAGCAACUUUCUCCGCCAGCUUACACACGCAUUUUUUGAUGUCCAUCUUCUUCUUUGAGCUAUGCUUAGUUGUUGAUGCAUUUCUCUCCCCGGAUAAUAUCCUUGUAUACAAUACUAAAAUGGAUAACUCCAAGUGCAUUGCAAUGGGAUUAUUUUUACACUAUUUUUUCCUGGCUCAGUUUACAUGGAUUGCAACACAGUCUGUAAACCUGUGGAAAGUUCUGGUAAUGAAUGAUGAACACACUGAUAGACAUUACAUCGUAUUUUUUGUUAUUGGAUGGGGUGUUCCUCUCAUCCUUAUGGCUAUUUUCUAUGCUGUGACGUUUAACAUCUUCAAAUAUCAUACAAACCUACCCGUGGAUUUUAUUUAUGGUGAUGUGAAUAACAAUGCAGAAAUAUGUUUUAUAACAAAUGCCUAUGUGGCUUUAGGAGGUAUUUUAGCACCUGUCUUAGUGUCUCUGCUGGUAGUUGGUGUUGUGUUUGUUAAAGCUUACCAGCUGUCCUCACAGUGGCAAUUUUAUGAUGACUUUUAUCAUGGGAGACACAACGCCAAAGAAAUUCCCUUGUUGCUGAUUCUGUGGGCUGUUCUCUACUUAACUUGUCUCUGGCUCGCUCUUCACAUGAUUUAUGGGUUUUUGUGGAUGAUGGUGCUUUUUUGUAUCUUCAAUCUAACAUUGGCCAUAAUGGUGUUUGUGCUGUACGCUAUUGUCCGCAACCCCCAUCUGGCAUGGAUAUUUGGACCUAAAAGAGCGUCGUACUCAGUUUCUGCAGAUGAGCAAGUGCAUGAUGACAUGACAGAAUUCCCAGAACCAGACAAAGACUUUAUGCCUUAUAACACAGCCACCAGCUUUAAAGGCUCACAUACUUCACUGAUUAAUGACGCCUGGGAAAACAAUACAUCUGGAGGAAGGAGCCGGAUGACAGUUCGCCGAGCCCUCCCCUCCCAAGUGUACAUCAACCCACCCGUUGCAAUCAUCAGCCCAUCAGCCACCGUCCAGAGUGACAACCCAGACUUUGAUGACCUCAUUUAUGCCUUGAAGCUGGGCAGGAGCCUAAGUCCCAGUGAGUUCUCUCGAAGUUUUGAUGAUGACGUGUCACAAAUGUCCAUUGUCUUGGAUAGAUAUGAAACAAAACGUAUUGAUAUAGCAGACACACACCUAUAACAGUGGAUCAUAAACUUUUGGAACAAAAUGUAUUGA